AUGGAUCAAGCUCACCAAUAUACCGGCCUUGAGCCUCUUCAACUUUUGAUUACCUGCAGCAUCCCUCUCAUCUUUUACAUGAUAUACCAUGCCAUUUUCUUCCCACUCUUCCGUCACGAUCUCCGCAAAAUCCCAGGUCCAUUCCUCGCCAAAUUCACUAAUCUUUACCGGCUCCUACUAAUCCGCACCGGAGUCGCGCACGAACAUCACAUCCAGCUCCACGAUCACUACGGACCCUUCGUCCGGCUCGGACCAAAUAAUGUCUCUGUCAGCUGUCCAACCGCCAUCCCCAUUCUCUAUAAUACUCGGACCCGUCACCCAAAGUCCGACUUCUACCCCGUAAUGGGCAAUGUGGCUCAUGGGAAAGUCGUACCUACAAUAUUCUCUACUCAAGAUGAAUCAGUCCACGAGGCGAUGAAGCGCCCAAUUGCUCAGGUAUAUGCCAUGACGAAUCUUAAGAUUUAUGAGCCACUCGUGGAAAGUACUGAGGCUGUAUUUUUCGAUAAGCUGGAGAGGUUAGCGAAUGAAGGAAGGGUAUUUGACUUGGGUACAUGGCUUCAUUGGUUUGCGACUGAUGUUAUUAUGGAGCUUACCUUUGGGAGAAGGAUGGGAUUUUUGGACAGAGAGGAGGAUAUCGAUGGGAUUUUGGAAAUCAUAGAGAAGAGGUUUCGGUAUGUUGCUAUUGUCGGCCAAAUGCCUUGGCUUGACAGAUUGUUACACAAGAAUUUUGUCAUUACCUAUUUAUCAGGUAUUUUUUCAAAGAGAAAGGUAUCUCCGGUUCUUAAAUUCGCCCUUGAUAGAAUAGAAGAGCGCAAGAUAGCGCGUCACGAUCACCCUGAAAUCAAAGGUCAUGGGCCUGACUUUUUAUCUCGGUUUCUUGACAUUCAAGAUGGCCGUCCGAAUAUUCCUGACUUUUGGGUUUUAUCUUGGUGUCAACAGAAUGUCCAGGCCGGUUCCGAUUCCACUGCAAUCACCCUAACAUCAGUGCUCUACCACCUCAUGAAGAAUCCCGAGUCAAUGAAAGCUCUACUUGCUGAGCUAGACGGCGCUAAUCUUUCGUCGCCGAUUCCCUGGGCUACUGCGCAUAGGCUUCCCUUCCUUGACUCGUGUAUCAAGGAAGCCUUGAGAAUGACACCAGCUAUUGGAAUUCCUCUGGAACGGGUCUCUCCACCACAGGGUAUGGAGAUAUCUGGAAGACAUUUCGAAUCAGGGACAGUCCUUGGGGUGAAUGCUUGGGUGGUGCAUAGAAGUGAGGAUAUUUUUGGUGCAGAUGCCGCUCUCUGGAGACCGGGGCGAUGGAUUGAAGUAAAUGAAGAAAAGAAAAAGGAGAUGGAGCGAACACUGUUUGCUGUAAGUUCUGGGGUAACUCAACUGGCUGCAGCUUCUUUCGUCGAUACUAAUUCUCAUUUUUUUCAGUUCGGAGGCGGGUCUAGAGUUUGCCUCGGGAAAAAUAUCUCGUAUCUGGAGAUGUACAAGGUCAUUCCUGAACUGCUUAUUAGAUUCAAAUUUGAGCUUCAAAAUCCAGACAAGAGGUGGUCGCUGAAAAAUGCAUUUUUUACCUACACGAAGGGUGUGGAAGUGACGAUUCAGAAGAGGUAA